CUCACUUCCGCCCGGCAGGUGACAGCCGCGGGGCUCGGAGCGGCGGGCGGCGGAGACUCGCCGGGAGCUCGGGAGGCGGAGGCCGCGGACAUUUUGCUGCCGAGCCGACGAGCCGUGGCGCCGGGAGCCCUUCUGAGCUGCGGAAUCUGGCCACAGACGCGGGACCAAAAUGACCGACUCAAAAUACUUCACCACGACCAAGAAAGGGGAGAUCUUCGAGUUGAAGGCAGAGCUCAACAGUGACAAGAAGGAGAAGAAGAAGGAGGCAGUGAAGAAAGUGAUCGCCUCGAUGACCGUGGGCAAAGAUGUCAGUGCCCUCUUCCCUGAUGUGGUGAACUGUAUGCAGACAGACAACUUGGAAUUGAAGAAACUGGUCUAUUUGUACUUGAUGAACUACGCCAAGAGCCAGCCUGACAUGGCCAUCAUGGCUGUCAACACCUUUGUGAAGGACUGUGAGGAUCCCAACCCUCUGAUCCGGGCCCUGGCUGUGCGGACCAUGGGCUGCAUCCGUGUGGACAAGAUCACCGAGUACCUGUGUGAGCCUCUUCGGAAGUGCCUCAAGGACGAGGACCCCUAUGUGCGCAAGACCGCGGCCGUGUGUGUGGCCAAACUCCACGACAUCAAUGCCCAGCUGGUGGAGGACCAGGGCUUUCUGGACACCUUGAAAGAUCUCAUCUCUGACUCGAACCCCAUGGUGGUGGCAAACGCAGUGGCGGCUCUCUCAGAGAUUGCCGAGUCUCACCCCAGCAGCAACCUGCUCGACCUGAACCCACAGUCCAUCAACAAGCUGCUGACAGCCCUGAACGAGUGUACCGAGUGGGGCCAGAUCUUCAUCCUGGACUGCCUGGCCAACUACACCCCCAAGGAUGAUCGCGAGGCGCAGAGCAUCUGCGAGCGUGUCACCCCCAGACUCUCCCACGCCAACUCUGCCGUGGUGCUGUCAGCUGUCAAAGUGCUGAUGAAGUUCAUGGAGAUGCUGUCCAAGGACCUGGACUACUACGGGACACUGCUCAAGAAGCUGGCCCCACCCCUGGUCACUCUGCUCUCGGCCGAGCCUGAGCUGCAGUAUGUGGCCCUGCGUAACAUCAACCUCAUCGUUCAGAAAAGGCCAGAGAUCCUGAAGCAUGAGAUGAAGGUCUUCUUUGUGAAGUACAAUGACCCCAUCUAUGUGAAGCUGGAGAAGCUGGACAUCAUGAUCCGUCUGGCCUCGCAGGCCAACAUCGCCCAGGUGUUGGCAGAACUGAAGGAGUAUGCGACAGAGGUAGAUGUGGACUUCGUACGCAAGGCUGUGCGAGCCAUCGGCCGCUGUGCCAUCAAGGUGGAGCAAUCUGCAGAGCGCUGCGUGAGCACGCUGCUGGACCUUAUCCAGACCAAGGUCAACUACGUGGUCCAGGAAGCCAUUGUGGUCAUCAAGGACAUCUUCCGCAAGUACCCAAAUAAGUAUGAGAGCGUGAUCGCCACCCUGUGUGAGAACCUGGACUCCCUAGACGAGCCCGAGGCCCGGGCGGCCAUGAUCUGGAUCGUGGGCGAGUACGCGGAGCGCAUCGACAAUGCGGAUGAGCUGCUGGAGAGCUUCCUCGAGGGCUUCCAUGAUGAGAGCACCCAGGUCCAGCUGCAGCUGCUGACCGCCAUUGUGAAGCUCUUUCUGAAAAAGCCCACCGAGACCCAGGAGCUCGUGCAGCAGGUCCUCAGCCUGGCCACGCAGGACUCAGACAACCCCGACUUGCGGGACCGAGGCUACAUCUACUGGCGUCUGCUUUCCACGGACCCGGUGGCCGCCAAGGAGGUGGUGUUGGCCGAGAAGCCACUCAUCUCUGAGGAGACGGACCUCAUCGAGCCCACACUGCUGGACGAGCUCAUCUGCUACAUCGGCACCCUGGCGUCCGUUUACCACAAGCCCCCCAGCGCCUUUGUGGAGGGGGGCCGGGGGGCUGUGCACAAGAGCCUGCCCCCCCGCACAGCCUCGAACGAGAGCGCCGAGAGCCCCGAGACAGCGCCCACUGGAGCACCCCCUGGCGAGCAGCCGGACAUUAUCCCCACGCAGGGUGACCUGCUGGGCGACCUCCUCAACCUGGACCUUGGGCCCCCCGUCAGCGGUCCGCCCCUGGCCACCUCUUCCGUGCAGAUGGGGGCUGUGGACCUGCUUGGUGGUGGCCUCGACAGUCUGAUGGGGGAUGAUCCUGAAGGGAUUGGGGGUCCUAACUUUGCGACACCCCCAGCAACAGCAGUACCAGCCAACCUGGGUGCACCCAUGGGCAGUGGCCUGAGUGACCUCUUUGACCUGACUAGUGGCGUGGGCACCCUGUCAGGAUCUUACGUGGCCCCCAAAACAGUGUGGCUCCCGGCCAUGAAGGCCAAGGGCCUGGAAAUCUCGGGCACCUUCACCCGCCAGGGGGGCACCAUCUCCAUGGACCUGCAGCUGACCAACAAGGCCCUGCAGGUCAUGACCGACUUUGCCAUCCAGUUCAACCGCAACAGCUUUGGCCUGGCCCCCGCCGCCCCCCUGCAGGUCCACGCACCGCUCAGCCCCAACCAGACCGUGGAGAUCUCCUUGCCGCUCAACACGGUGGGCUCGGUCAUGAAGAUGGAGCCUCUCAACAACCUCCAGGUGGCAGUGAAGAACAACAUCGACGUGUUCUACUUCAGCACGUUGUACCCGCUACACAUCGUCUUUGUGGAAGACGGAAAGAUGGAACGGCAGCUGUUCCUGGCCACGUGGAAGGACAUUCCCAAUGAGAACGAAGCCCAGUUCCAGAUCAGAGACUGCCCCCUCAAUGCGGACGCCGUGAGCAGUAGACUGCAGGGCAGCAACAUCUUCACGGUGGCCAAGCGGAACGUGGAGGGCCAGGACAUGCUCUACCAGUCCCUGAAGCUCACCAACGGCAUCUGGGUGCUGGCAGAGCUGCGCAUCCAGCCCGGGAACCCCAACCUCACGCUCUCCCUCAAGUGCCGGGCGCCGGAGGUGUCCCAGCAAGUGUUCCAGACCUAUGAGACCAUCCUCAAGAACUGACGCCCCGGCCUGCACCCCGCCCCACUCCUGCCCACACCGCGGGGCGCCCCUGGGAAGUGGCGGCUGCCCCCUCCUGGCAUCCUGGGGGCCCCUGGACCUCACAGCCAGGCCUGCCUGGAUCCUCGGGGCGUGGCAGCCCCCCUGCUCGGGCCCCCCCUCUGCCAUCGCUGCUGAUGUUUAGGGUCAGGGAGGGGACCGAGGAGCCAAAGCCAGAGCAGCAGCUACUGGACACUGGACCAAGUGGUCCCGGGCGUUUUGCUUUCCCGGCGCCCUCAGGCCUCCGUCCGGGAAAACCCCACGCCUCGCCCCUUGGGUUGGUGUCAGUUCCCCCCAGUGCCACAGCACCUGCCAGGGUGUCCCAUGUGUCACAGGUCCCACAUCUCUGGAGCUGCAUCAUCAGCCUCAUGCCCCAUGCCCCACCUCCCCUGCUGCAUCCACGGGAGGGGGGGUGGUCUCUGCCCUGGGAGGCGCCAGCCCAUAGUCUGGAGAGCUGGCGGGAGUUCCCCAGCCCUGGCCGUGGCCCCCCUCACACACCCACCCCAGUCCCUCUGGCAGGACUCUCCCCAGAGAAUCCCCUGGGCUGUAGGAGGAAACGGGGUGUCUCCAUGGUCCGCUGCCCUUCUCUCGGGCCCCUGUUUCAUUUGUGUCUGACAGAGCAUUAGGUUUUCCUGUUACUGCUGUUUAAUAAUAAAGAUUCUGCUUUUGGCAAUCACGGACACUUUUUUCCCUUCCACCAAAUGUCAGCAUUAAGAAGUGCCCCUGGGGCCUGCGGGUGGCUCUUCCUGCAGUAACAAUCUCAUAUAUAUAAGCAGAGACUCUAUAUUGUAUGUUUACUCUUAUUUUCAGAGAGAGAUCGUGAAUAAAAAUGAUGGUUUCAAG